AUGAAGAAAGCAAGAAGGAGAAUUGCCUCUAAAUGCCUUCCACGCCUGGCUUUGGACACGUCACUGCCUACAUACUUGAAACCUCUGCCAUCGGACCUGCCGGAGACCGACCUCGAAUAUUUGCGCUCGAAAGGAGUGUUAAGUGCUCCGAUCCCAUCCAUACAGGAAAAACUUUGGGAAACGUAUUUCCGAGUUAUUCAUCCGUUUCUGCCCAUUCUUGAUCAUCACGAGACUCUGCGGUCGAUCAAUUCAGACCAGGGUGCAACCCCUAUUAGUUUGAUUCUCUUUCACUGCGUCAAUCUGGUGGCACGUCUGUUCAUGGAUUGGCAUGAGACAUACCACAGGAAGGGAGAGAGUCUUCACUCUAUGUUCGAGAAGGCAAGGGUUCUCUAUGAUUUAGACUUAGAGAGAGACCCGGUACCUAUGCUACAGUCUGCCCUUUUGAUGACAUUUUAUCCGCAGCCCUUGAAUAGUGCCAAGGGACCGGUCCACUGGCUUGCUCACGCUGUCUCUAUCGCCUACAGCAUUGGACUACAUCGAGAUUCGAUCGACCGAGCCCUCACUGCACGCCAAAACAGCGUGCGGAAACAGCUUUGGUGGUCUCUAUACAUACGCGAACGAACUAUUAUGCUUGAUCAUGGGCUGCCAUGGAUGAUUGACGACAAGGAUUACGACAUUCCCAUGAUGACGAACGAGGACUUCAGUUUGGCUCCGCUAAUACACGAUGCCGAAAGUCCAGAGUGGGAUAUGGAUCUCGAGGGCCGGGCCAGUCAGACUCGUCUAGGGCUGUUAUUCCUUCAAAGAACGAAGCUCGCUACCGUGCUGAGCCAGCUGGGACCUUUUUCAAUAAUCUGUUACGAGUGGAAUACCCGCUCAAUAAAGACUCAAUGGCCUCGGCUCCAUAGUCGGACACCGAAUCUGGAAGAUCUGCAUGACAUAAAUCGCAAGCUGGAUCGAUGGUGGACGGAGAUGCGACUUGAAACCGUUUGUAGUGAAUGGUUCAAUUCGGACACUGAGAGCACAGACAGUGCAGACAAUUCGUAUUCCGCCUUACUACAGUUGCACUACGCUGGUCUUCUUCUCACAUACCGCAUCGCUGUCCAUCAUAUAUCUUGCUUACGUUGGCUACAAACGACCGGUUUCCAAAUAACAAACGCCCAGGUAGUUAUGAAGGAUCUGAGGGCUGCAACUUGGGCUAUUAUCCACUUGGUACAGGAUCUUCUCCGUCAAGAAGCCAGACGCCGUCUCGACCUUCUCGGUCCCUCUGCCAUACGGCCCCUUCUCAUUUAUGUGAUACUGAGUCAAAGGUCACCAUCCCCACUUCUGACUGCUAUGGAGGCAAACAACAUCCAUUCGUUCUUGGUAGAACUCGGAGAGGGUGACCCUUGGUUUUCGCAAGUCUACUCGUAUGUGGGACGUGGGGCUGAUACCGUGGAUGGCUUGAGCCCAGUUAGCUUUAACGAUUCGAAGGGCUCAGUGUUGCAAACUGAGCCACAGACACGUCAAAUUUCCAACAUCUUUGACGGAAUCCUGAGUGACUUCAAUAUGGACAUAGACGGCUUUGUGUCUGAGCUUUCCCGCCUCAAUCAUAUAUUGCAGCCUCAUGAACUGGCUACGGUUGAUUGCUUCGAAGAUUUUGCCCCAUCUCGGUCACCAUUAACGGCAAGUGAGGCCAAAGAAACAAAAGCAAUCGAUCCUUCUCAGCUCUCUCAGAUUCAUCUUAGAACGUCAGCAGGAUCCAUACAAGAUUAG